AUGCCCAAAGCCCCCUCGUCCAAAGCACAAGCGAAGCCAGCUCUGACCCAGCGCAAGCUUCCAUCCAAAGCCACAAAGAAGGGAUCCGGUGAUGCUUCACCCCCCGCCUCCACCCCUUCGUCGCCUUCUUCCUCUGGAGAUCCCACUUCUUUCUCCCUCGACCUAGACAAGGAGCUGGUGGUGAAGAUCAUCCUUGCAAAGCUCGAGGCGAACACGACUUGCGAUUGGUACCAGAUGAGCCAGAGGCUGAAGGCGGAAGGAGAAGUGGGACUCGAUCAAGAGGAUCUCGGAAAUGGAGUCACUGGGAAGCAAAAGGGGAAAGGGCGAGGGAGGGGAAAAGGAAAACAGAAGGGAAAAAGGGAGCUGUCGGGGACAGACUUGCACGAUCUCUAUCACAACAAGAUACUUCCUGCUCUCAAGAAUGGUCGAGCACUCUGGGUUGAGGAUGGAGAGGGAUGUGAUCGCCGGGCUUCAACUUCUUCAACCUCGGACUCUUCCACGGCAGGAGCGAGUAAGGCUAUCUCGGGAUUGGGUCUCAGGGUCAACACCAAGAACAAAACCAAGCCCAAAACAAAGCAGAGAUUGAGUCGGGGGGAUGAAGAGGAUGAGCUGGACUCGAGCGAUGACGAUUGA